CUCCACGUAGACAGAGAACAGGAACAAAUACGCUACUAUCUGUCACAACAGGUCAGCUUCAAUUUUGACUCUGCGCAAACCCAAAUAAAGACGAAGAUCAAGAAAGACAGAGAGUUGAUGUAGUAGUAGUCCUCCUCCACAAACACAGAAGAAGGGAAGCCUCGAUUUGAUCGAUCUAUUUCUUGGUUCUGAUUCCUUUUUGAAAGAUGAUUCUGGAGGAGAAAGAUGCAUCCGACUGGAUCUACAGAGGCGAAGGAGGUGCCAAUCUCGUCCUCGCCUACGCUGCUUCCUCUCCUCUCUUCGUUGGGAAAGUGAUUCGCAUACAGAAGGCUCCUAAGGCUGAUAAAGCGAACAAAGCUGUGAAUGGUGCUGCGUCUGUUUUAACAAGCGAUGAGAAGCUUCUGUGGAGGGAAAACAAAGAGCUCGUUUCAUCACCAAACAAGGAAGUUGUUGAACAAAGAUAUGUAAAAGAUGUGAUCAUCCCACUCUUGGGUCCUAAACAUAUAGACCCCGGAGUACGUGUUUCUGUGUCCAAGGAGUUUCUUGAGUCUGUUGACAAGAAAGUUACUAAGCAGCGUCCGCCGUGGCGUGUCAAUGCAGCUAAUGUUGAUACCAGUCAUGACUCUGCUCUUAUUUUGAAUGAUCAUUCACUUUUCUCUCAAGGGACUUCUAGUGGUGGUGGUGACUGCUUAAGUGUUGAAAUAAAGCCCAAAUGCGGAUUUCUUCCAACCUCAAGGUUCAUAAGUGAAGAAAACAAACUCAAAAGAAGCGUCAGCCGUUUCAAAAUGCACCAAAUCCUUAAGUUGGAACGAAACGAGAUAUCUGAAGUAAGUGAAUAUGAUCCUCUUGAUCUGUUCUCAGGAUCCAAAGAUAGAGUCUCCAAAGCUGUAAAAGCCUUAUACUCUAUCCCACAGAACAACUUCCGCGUGUUCUUGAACGGUUCUCUCGUGUUAGGCGGUUCAGGGGAAAGCACCGGAAGAACCAGCCCUGAAACUGCACAGACCUUUGAGGAAGCACUCAAAGGCUUCAUCCAAUCAAACGAUGGUCUCAGGACAAAAUGCUUUCUACAGCUAGUAACUGAUACUGUGUAUGAUUCAGGAGUGCUCGAUAAGCUUCUCGAAGUUCAGAAGCUGGAUAAAUUAGACAUUGAAGGAGCGAUUCAUUGUUAUUACAAUAUAAUCAACCAGCCUUGUCCUAUAUGUAAAGAAGCUGGAACGUUGGAGGAAGAGUCUCUCCAUUGUUUACCUUUAGAUGAAAGCUUGAAGAUCGUCAAGGAGUAUCUGAUUGCUGCAACUGCUAAGGACUGUAGUCUUAUGAUCAGUUUUCGAUUGAGGAAUGGAUGGGAUUCAGCACCUUCUUGUGAUGCCGUCUGUCUAAAAUCGAUCGAUCAGACGUUUGAUUACAAGGUGCACUUCAUUGAUUUAAGCAUGAAACCAUUGAAGAGAAUGGAGGCAUACUAUAAACUGGAUAACAAGAUAAUUAGCUUCUACACUCGGAAGCAGAAGGGAGAAGAAGUCGGUGAUAGCUAAGUCCUGGAUUGUGUCAACACCACGAGUUUGUUUGUUUAUUUUGUUGUUGUUAAAAGAUAAAAACGAAAACCCAAAAGGUGACUGUUCAUUUCGUGAAAUACUUGCAUCAAAUGUUGGGUUUAUUAAACCAUUUUGACCAAUA